AGACCGGCCCAGAUGGCCUCGAGGGCGGGCAGUGCGUGGAGGUGAGCUCUGGGGCUGCCGGCCUUUCCGCGCCCCCUGGUCGCCUCAUGCUGCGGGCCGCGGCUGCCAGCCUCUGUUCCGAUUGGCGGCCCUGAAGCGCCGGGGCAGCGAGCGACAUGUCUGGCGUCCGGACCGCCGACUUCCCCCGCUGGAAGCGCCACAUCUCGGAGGAACUGAGGCGCCGGGACCGGCUGCAGAGGCAGGCGUUCGAGGAGAUCAUCCUGCAGUAUAACAAGUUGCUGGAAAAGUCAGAUCUUCAUUCAGUGUUGGCCCAGAAGCUACAAGCUGAAAAACAUGACAUAUCAAACCGGCAUGAGAUAAGUCCCGGACAUGAUGGCACAUGGAAUGAUAGUCAGCUACAAGAAAUGGCCCAGCUGAGGAUUAAACACCAAGAAGAACUGACCGAAUUACACAAGAAGCGUGGGGAGUUAGCUCAGUUGGUGAUUGACCUGAAUAACCAAAUGCAGCAGAAGGACCGGGAGAUGCAAAUGAAUGAAGCAAAAAUUGCAGAAUGUUUGCAGACUAUCUCAGACCUGGAAACAGAGUGCCUAGAACUGCGCAGUAAGCUUCAGGACCUUGAAAGAGCCAACCAGACCUUGAAGGAUGAAUAUGAUGCCCUGCAGAUCACUUUUACUGCCUUGGAGGAGAAACUGAGGAAAACUGCUGAAGAGAACCAAGAGCUGGUCACCAGGUGGAUGGCCGAGAAAGCCCAGGAAGCCAAUCGCCUCAACGCGGAGAAUGAAAAAGACUCUAGGAGGCGGCAAGCCCGGCUACAGAAGGAGCUUGCAGAAGCAGCAAAGGAACCUCUGCCGGUUGAACAGGAUGAUGACAUUGAAGUCAUUGUGGAUGAAACCUCUGAUCACACUGAGGAGACUUCUCCUGUGCGAGCCAUCAGCCGAGCAGCCACUAAGCGACUCUCGCAGCCUGCUGGAGGCCUUCUGGAUUCUAUCACUAAUAUCUUUGGUCUGUCCGAGUCUCCCCUUUUGGGACAUCAUUCGUCUUCUGAUGCUGCCAGGAGACGCUCUGUCUCUUCCCUCCCAGUCCCACAGGAUAAUGCAGAUACUCAUCCUGGUUCUGGUAAAGAAGUGAGGGUACCAACUACUGCACUGUAUGUCUUUGAUGCACAUGAUGGGGAAGUCAACGCUGUGCAGUUCAGCCCAGGUUCCCGGUUACUGGCCACAGGAGGCAUGGACCGGAGGGUCAAGCUUUGGGAAGUGUUUGGAGACAAAUGUGAGUUCAAGGGUUCCCUUUCUGGCAGUAAUGCAGGAAUUACAAGCAUUGAAUUUGAUAGUGCUGGAUCUUACCUCUUAGCAGCUUCAAAUGAUUUUGCAAGCCGAAUCUGGACUGUGGAUGAUUAUCGAUUACGGCACACACUCACGGGACACAGUGGGAAAGUGCUCUCUGCUAAGUUCCUGCUGGAUAAUGCACGGAUUGUCUCGGGAAGUCACGACCGGACCCUCAAACUCUGGGAUCUACGCAGCAAAGUCUGCAUAAAGACAGUGUUUGCAGGAUCCAGUUGCAAUGAUAUUGUCUGCACAGAGCAAUGUGUAAUGAGUGGACAUUUUGAUAAGAAAAUUCGUUUCUGGGACAUCCGAUCAGAGAGUAUAGUCAGAGAGAUGGAGCUACUGGGAAAGAUUACUGCCCUGGAUUUAAACCCAGAAAGGACCGAGCUCCUGAGCUGUUCCCGUGAUGACCUGCUGAAAGUUAUCGAUCUGCGAACAAAUACUGUCAAGCAGACAUUCAGUGCACCUGGAUUCAAGUGUGGUUCUGAUUGGACUAGAGUUGUCUUCAGCCCUGAUGGCAGUUAUGUGGCAGCAGGCUCAGCCGAGGGUUCUCUCUAUAUCUGGAGUGUGCUCUCGGGGAAAGUGGAGAAGAUUCUUCCAAAGCAGCACAGUUCAUCAGUCAACGCGGUGGCGUGGUCCCCUUCCGGCUCGCAUGUUGUCAGUGUGGACAAAGGAUGCAAAGCUGUGCUGUGGGCACAAUAUUGACGGUGCUCUUGGGGCUGGGAGAACCUCAGUGCCCUCCUCAGGAGAAACACAUGGACUCCCGCAGCUCUGUCCUGGCAGGAGGUGUGUUGGUUAUAGCUUUGACCUCCCAGAGAAGAGCUCAAGCCAUGUACACAGUGGCCUUCCUUUGAACAGGAUGUCUGAGAAUUUUGACUGAGGGCUGUAAUGGCCUGGAAGAGUAACACUGAAAAAAUCUGACACUGCAGUCAGCUUAGCAGAGAGUCAGAUUCUUACCUUGAUUCGGGUGGGAAACACUACUAGCUCUGAUCUUCCAUACCUCACUGGGGGGAGCACAGGGCCCCCACUGGGUCUCCUCACUGGACAGCAGUGCCAAAAACACCCCACACAUCUGGGUGUUGGUUCUCUGUGCUUUCUCCUAUUCUUCCAAAGUUGGUUCUGGCCUACUGCAUGUCCCGUCACCUUGGGGUCAUUUGCCCAGUGAACCACUUUAAGCAUUGGAUUAACUGAAACCCCCAAACACAGGGCCUGUCCUGAUUCUAAGGAGAUGCUGGGACUCCGGUCCCCUCCCUGUGGGUUGUGGCAUCACAGAGCUCUUGUUCUGGUCAUGUCUAAUUACAGCUGGAAUUCCCUUCUGUCUCUUCAGCUGUUCUUUGGAACUCUGGCUCCCUUUCCCUCCAACAAUUCUACGUCAAGAAAUUUUUUUUUUUUUUUAAGUUUUUUUCCUUGGUUGGCCAUUGUGGGGGUCUGAACCCUUGACCUUGGUGUUACAACACCAUACUCUAACCAACUGAGCUAACCAGCCAGCCCAAGAAAUAAAUCUUGAUUUGGUUUUAAGAAAAAAUUUUUUGAGGUAGGAGAGGAAGUGUGAAAACCCUUUUCAGAAGAGUUUGCUGCAGAGGUAAAGGAAUGUUCUCCUGGAUCACUCUGCAAAUGCCCAGAAGGGGGGUGCACGCUGCAUUUUAGCUGGUGACGUGCAAUUCGAAGCUUCGAACAUAUUACUCUGGAGCCAGUGGUUCCAGCCACUGCCCAUCUGCCAAGCUUGCGUGCAAUGCCCUCGGUGCUUCUGGGCAAGAAACCCAGUCCAGGAAGCACAGUGGUGUCAUACUCCCAUGUCAAAGACCGGGGGAAAAACAUUUCUCUCUACCAUUUUACCUAUGUGUAAAAUUUUUGUUCUUUAUCUAGGUGUCUGAAGCACCAAUAUUUUUAUCACUUUUUAAUUUGCACUUUAUUUUUUUUUCUGCCACUCUUGUUCCCUGGACAGUUGGGGAUGUGAAAGCUACGGUGGGGUUUUGAAAGAGGAAUGAGGCUUCCCCUCCUCUGACAGGGGCAUUGUCUUCUUUUUCCUCUUUGCCCCUCCUGCAUCUUCCCCUUUUGGUUUGCUGUCCAGAGAACUUGUGUUAAGGGGAGUUGAAAUUCAUAGGCCAGGGCACAUCUUUUAUUUAUUUAAUUAUGUUGCCCAA